AUGGAGGAAGGAAGCAGCAGCGUAGAAAUGGCCGGGGCGGUGAUCGCUUUCGAAUUGAAAGAGGCGUCGAGUUGGUGGCAAGAUAUUAACGAAUCACCGGUCUGGCAAGAUCGCAUCUUUCACGUUCUCGCCGCCCUCUACGGUCUCGUUGCCGUCGUUGCUCUUAUUCAAUUGAUAAGGAUACAAUUGAGAGUUCCAGAAUACGGCUGGACUACGCAGAAGGUUUUUCAUUUUCUCAACUUCCUCGUGAAUGGGGUUCGAUGCCUAUUGUUUGUUUUUCGCCGGAAUAUAGAAAGCAUCCAUCCAUCGAUUUUCCAACAUAUCCUCCUUGAUUCCCCUAGUCUUGCAUUCUUCACAACAUACGCUCUUUUGGUUCUGUUCUGGGCAGAGAUUUACUAUCAGGCACGUGCCAUAUCUACUGAUGGACUCAGGCCAAGUUUCUUUACAAUUAAUGCGGUGGUUUAUGCCAUUCAGAUUGCUAUGUGGUUGGUGUUGGCUUGGAAAACUGUUCCGAUUGCUGUCAUCCUAUCAAAGAUGUUCUUUGCAGGUGUGUCUUUGUUUGCAGCUCUUGGUUUCCUACUCUAUGGAGGAAGGCUCUUCUUAAUGUUGCGGCGAUUCCCUGUGGAAUCCAAAGGGAGGCGUAAGAAAUUGCAAGAGGUUGGCUAUGUGACCACCAUAUGUUUCUCAUGCUUCCUUGUUAGAUGCAUUAUGAUAUGCUUCAAUGCAUUUGAUAAAGCUGCAGACCUUGAUGUGUUGGAUCAUCCUGUUCUAAACUUCAUAUAUUACUUGCUGGUGGAGAUUUUACCUUCAACUUUGGUUCUUUUCAUUUUAAGGAAAUUGCCUCCAAAACGUGGUAUCACACAGUAUCAUCCCAUACGUUAAAAGAAUUGGAUGUAAGUGUAUGAUGGAAUGGAAACCUCAAGAAUGGCUUUUAAUGCUUCCAUUCAUUUUGGAGAUGCUGUGAUCUUACAAAGAAGAGAUGGGGGAGAGCUAAAGUGAGUUGUUACUUUAGAAUCUGCAAAGCUAAUUUUAUAGAUGUAAAAUGUCACUUAUUCUUGGUAGGAGGCCAUGGAUGUGUUGAAAAAGCAAUGACCUUCCAAGUACUGGAGUAUUUCUUACAGUUAGUGUUCUAAUCUGUGCUUCGUGUCCUGCUUUGUAUGCUUGGUGCUCUAUUGUGUCUACAAGUUUGCAAGCAACCAUACAUGCACAUGAAAAUAGUGGAAAAAAGUUGUUUGUUGUACCAUAGGCUUGUGUUUCUUAUACUGGAUUCUGUAAAAAGUUCUUCAGUGCUCUGAGUUCUGUGAAUGGAUGGGUAUUCUCUCUUCA